AUGAUGAUGAUGAUCCGAUACUAUUCCGACAGGCUCAAAGGUUGUUGUGAUCCAUUUAUUAACUUUCGUCGUCGCCCAAGCUCCGCCCCCAUAGUGGUGCGAUAAACCAAUCAGAGAGCGAGCCAUCCACAGAUUGUUUUUGAAUGACGUCAUUGCAUUUGACAUUCAAAAUCUGAACAGACUAUAGCCGCAGCGGGGGUUUGGGGGCGGCAGCCCCAAACGUCAAAUAAAAAAUUAGUAUAGAAACUUUGUUUAAAAAAAUUCAAAUUAAAAAAACCCCCGACAAAAAGUAAAAAAAUGUGACUUUAGGGGGUUCGGAUGCGCAAGCCCCACUUUGAAAAAAAUUAUAAAAAAACCUUUCAAAGGUUUCUAAAAAGAAGUAAGAAAAAUAGGAGAACAAAAAAAAGUUUCCAAUCAAAAGGGGAUUUUUAAAUGUGAAUUUUUUUUGUUUCUCAUGUGACUGGAAAACUUUUUCGUCGAAUCUAAUUUUAUAAAUUUGAAACGUGGAAAAUAAAUCAAAGAAUAUGGCUGCGUAUGCGAACAGCCAAGUCAAGAUGACGUCAUGUCAGGGAGUAGCGAAUUGCGAUUUAACGCGAAGUAAAAAAAAUAAGGAGGAUAAUCAGUAGUUCUACUAGACGCCGUCGUAGAGAAGUGUGCGAUUGAGAUGUUCGAAAUUUCUUCGAAAGAGACAUCUCGCAUUUUUCUGGGCGCGAGCUCGCAUUUAUCUCGCAAUUUGAAAGUUUCCGAAAUGCAAGAUAAAUGCGAGGUCGCGCCGAGAAAAGUGCGAGCUCGCGCCCAGAAAAAUGCGAGACCGGCGCGAGAAAAAAGCGAAAUGUUUGCGAGUUCGUCAAUGUACCGCCAGUGUCUCGCGUUUAUCUCGUCAGUUAUUCUUAGUGGUGAUUGAUUUGAAAUGAAACAUUUACUAAUUUUUCAGCAAGAUUUCGAGCAGGUUCCGAAUCGAGAAAUGCGCCAAUCAGUCCACCGCCGAUGGAAAGUACGUUUUUGAAAAAAAAACAAUUUAAUUCAAUAAAAAAGAGCCCAAAGCUUUCAAUAUUCAAAUUUUUGAAAUAUUACAGCACACGAACUCCUUGUUCCGCAGCCACUCACGGUCGUCGAUCCUCCCGAAAAACCGCACGACUUUCUCAAGAAAUGGCCUGGAUUCCACGGGUUAAUUUUUCUCAAGAUUAUUCUGGUAUAGAAUGGAAUUUUGACAAAAUGAAAGUCAGAAUCAAAAAGAAAGCGCAGCAGUGGCCUUUUGAGACGCCAGAGAAGCUGAAAAUCUUUUUUUCUCUAGCGUCUCUUUGGACUUUUCUCAGUCUCCCAAAGUUCCUUUGAGUCGAAGACAAUAGAUAAUUUUUCCUCAGAAAAAUCCAUUGGAUUUUGAAACAAAUUUUUCUUGGCUACUUAGCAAAACGCUAUCGAUUUUUGUCGCUGAUUCCGAAUUUUUACUCAAUUUUUUAUCAGGUAUAUUCACGACCUGGACGCUCGGAAAUUGAUCCACGAAAUUGGCGAUUAUAUCAUAAGAUUGGAAGAGGGUUCGUCGGGAAGAAGGCGAGACGAAAAUUAGAAUUUCAGACGGUGAUACAACAUAUAUCAUUCUGACCGUUGGAGAGGAGAUGAAAGAGGAUCCUUUUUGGGAAACUGAACCGAAGGAGGAAGUCGAAGAAGGUGAACUAACCAACUUUCGAGAUUUCCCUUCGAAAAGCAACUUUUCCAUAUUUUUGUACUCAAAAUGGUUGAUUCGCCACAACUUGAAACAGUUUGAAAAUAUAGUCAAUUUUUCCCGAUUUGAAAGGGGAGGGAGGCGGGACGCGUAGCUUGUGCGUACGCGGUUAUAGUCUGUUCAGAUUUUGAAUGUCAACCAGCUAACUCCGCCCCUGCUGAGACGGUACCUUUUCGCGUCGAUGUUUCAUCGCGCAGGACUAAUUUUGAUCUUUUUCGAUCUAAAAGAUAGAAAAAGAGGUCAAAAAAGCAGCCUUAUUAAAGGGCCAUUGCCAUAUGUAGAUAAAACAUUGACGCGAAAGAUAUUGUAACCUUGGGGGUGGAGUUAGCUGCUUGACAUUCAAAAUCUGAACAGACUAUAGGCACUGCAGAGCCACGCCCCUCUUCGCGAUAGAAAAAGUGGCUUUUUUUUGGUUUUCACUUUCAUUUUGUUGUAGUUGCAAAAUAUGUGGAACUGGAUAAUAAAUUUUGACACACAUGUACAAAAAAGCUUCCUCUCUCGUUUUAGAAAAAUUUCACGCUUUUUUGAUGCGUUCUCGCGGAAUGUCGUACGGAAACGUGAAUGGAACAAAAAAAUUUUGUCAUUUUUCGUCAUAACUUUUUUUAUCCUCAAUCUUUUUCGAAAAACUUAACGGUAUGUGUUUUGAAUUGAAACAGCUAUCAAACCAUACAAAGCUUGAUGCUGAAAAAAAAUUUUUGAAAAUUCGUCUGCGGUCAAUAGUACGCGGUUCUUGGCACGAGUUCUAUUCAACUGCUAGCGACUAUUUGAAGAGCUCGCUUAUCGCUCUUUUCAAUCCUUUUAGAAUUAUUUAUUGAUUAUGUUCAUGUGUGCAUCAAAUAUUAGUAGAAAAUACAGAAAAAGAGCGGUUGCCGAGCUUUUUAAAUAGGUGACGGCGCUUGAAUUGCACUGGCGCGAAGAACCGCGUACGCACACGCUACGCGUCCCGCCCCUUGUCCCGUCUCCUUCGCCUUUCAAGUCGGAAAACAUUGAAUAUAAAGUUUUUCAUCGAAACGACCUUUCUGAUUCUUGAAAAUUCAGCCGCGAGCGAGGACGGUUGGAUGCCGAUGAAGGUGAAAACGUACGUCAUUGUGAAAAACGAAGUAGGAUUUUCCAUCGACGGUCUAAACUGUUUCGAAAGCGUCGACAGUCUCCUUUCGUAUUAUGUGUUCCAUCCCGACAAGGUUAGACUUUUUAUAAUCAAAUCAAAGCAAAAAUCUCUCAAAUCUCUUUCUUUAGUCAAGCCUUAAUGUGCAAUUGCUCUACAACGUGCCUCGCAAAAUUUUCGAAUUUAAGCCGGAGAAUAUUCAGAAGAUGACAAGUGUGAGUGAUAUCUAUAGUCCGUUUUUCGCAGCUUGAAAUGACUUCUCUGCGCCCUCUUCAUUUCUCGCCGAGCCUCUCAUCUUGACCUGCUGUUUUCAUGUUUCUAUGACCUCGCCGGUGAGGGAACAGAGAGACGCAGACACUCGAAAAUUCGCGCCAGCGAAAGUAAUUGGGCAAAAAGAGACGCAGAGAGGUCAAAUUAUUCGAAGUCUAAAUAAAUUGGCCAUUUUUUCUAUUUGACAAGCAAUUAUAUCACUUCCGAAAUAUAUGAUCACAAAAAAAAUGGCUCGGUACGGAACUCUUGCCCAACGCCGGACUUUUUUGUUUUUUUGCGCCCGAUUAAAACCGAAUUGCGCGUGAUUUCAUUGGACAGCAUUAGAAAAACAUUGAGUUACUAAAUCUCAUUUCAGUACCAAUCAGCGCUGUGCGGCAAUCGAUAUUUUUGGCAAGACCGGCAAUCGGCAAUUUCUUAAAUUUUUUUUCGGCAAUUUUCGAGAAAACGCAGCAAAAUGAACUAAUUUAUAGAUAAUAUGAUUCCUAUUCAGUUAUCAGUUGAAUAAUUCUAGAACAGGAGGCUCAAUCUCACGGUUUAUCUGCCACAUCUGUUGAGCCCGUCCGGUUUGGCACACAGUAGGUUCAAAUUAAUUGUGCAUACACUAAUAGAGGUUAUCCAUUUUUUGUAAGUAAAAAGUCGCUUUUUUCUGUAGUUUUCUAUCUACUCAUGUCAAAAAUAGCCUCGUUCAUUUUAUUGAAUAGAAAGAUGAGUGAAAAACGGUUUAGUAUGGCUAGCGGAAAAGGCGUAGUGCAAACCGGACUGUAGGCCUGAACUGGUGUGCCGCUGCCGCACGCUUUUUUAAAAAUUCAUUUUGUGAAUUUCUGAACCGUUUUUCAAUCGCUUUUUUGUUGUUAAACGUAGAAUAGAUUGUGCUUAACAUAAUUGCUAACAAAUUAUAUAACUUUCACAUGAAAUAAAUUCAUAAUCUUGAAAAACUUUCAUUUCAAAGGUUACUUAGUUUUGUUUUCUGGUUUACGAAGCUGUUGAAAACUCGAAAAACUGAUGAUUCGAAUAAAAAUUUUCGAAAAUUUGGAGGUUAAAACGCGCCAAGUAGCAGAAUGACGCAAUUCUACACCAAUCCUACACAUUUUUUCCAAAACUUACUUACACUAAGAAUAACUGCCGAGAUAAACGCGAGACGCUGGCGGUACAUUGACGAGCUCGCAAACAUCUCGCGAUAUUUCUCGCGCCGGUCUCUCAUUUUUCUGGGCGCCAGCUCGCACUUUUCUAGGCGCGAGCUCGCAUUUCUCUCGCAAUUUGAAAGUUUCCGAAAUGCAAGAUAAAUGCGAGAUGGCGCCGAGAAAAGUGCGAGCUCGCGCCGAGAAAAAUGCGAGACCGGCGCGAGAAAAAAGCGAAAUGUUUGCGAGUUCGUCAAUUUACCGCCACCGACAUCGCGUUUAUCUCGUCAGUUAUUCUUAGUGUAGAACUAUGGAGCUUCGAAGAGUCCAAAAAUCGAAAGUAUAUUUCAAAAAUUUUCGGCAAUUCAAAAACUCUAUAAAAGCCGGCAUUACCGGCAAUCGAUUGCCGCACAGCCCUGGUACCGAUGCAUCCAGAAAAAAGACAAACUCAAGAAUUUUCAGCUCAGCAGCGGCCGAUUCUUCGACGUGGAUUUAUGCAAAAUUGAUCGACCAGGAAUUUUUGAACAAAUAGCCGCAGUUAAGUCGGUCGGUUUCAAGAAUUUGAAGAAAAAGAACACUUCAAAAAUUAUUUUCACUGUCAUUCAGUUCGAAAAGACUGUAAGCCUCAUAAUGAUAGCAAGUAGGAUCAAAGUUCGAAAAAAAGACAAGAAAAUCAAUAUUUGAUCCUCUUAUCUCAGGUCAAGCUGGGAUUGCCGAACGCAUCUGAGCAAAGUCAGAAGCUGAUAGAAGAGGGAAGACUUCUGCUCGACUUGGAGCAUCCGAAUAUCAUCCAGAUUCUCGGCUGGUGUCUUGACGAGCAUCCAUUCAAGCUUGUCAUACAAUUCGUGCCGGGUAAGUCCCCAAAAUUUCGAUGAAUGAGGUUUUGAAGUUGAAUGAGAAAUUCGUUGAAAGACGUCACUUCCGUUUUUUGAGAAACUGUUGACCUUGAAAUUCGCAUCAAUGAUUGGCGCCGUUAUGAGCUUCUUCAAAUCAAUUAUGACUGACAAGGGAACCGAGAAAUUUUCGAAAAAUCUCCUUGUAACGGUUGAAAUUGGAGACUGCUCAUGUUUUGAGAAAAAUUACGAUUAAAUUUCAAAAGUUUUGAUAGAUUUCUUCGAAGGAAAAAAUAGCAAAAAUAAGUUUCGUUGAAAGGAUUCGAACCCUGACCACAGUGCCCGCAGUGCUGGCACGCUAGCCACUACACUAAGCGCCCAAAUGGAAUUGAAGGCUCGUGCGCCAGACAGAUUCCUUCUUGCUGCGUUCCACUCUCUUCAUUUGCAAACUUUGAGCCGUCAUAACUCGGCUACGAGGCAAAACUCGAGAAAUUUUAUUCUUGAUUCGGAAUAAGCAUGCCUUGAAGUUCAUCCCUCUAUAGUUUCAUUAAAAGUUCAAAUGGGAAGUAAAAACAGUUCUCUUGUGAGACUACUUCCCCUUUUUUUACCAGUGAAAAAUGAGUAAAUAUUACAAGUAUUAAAUGAACAAUCAUUUUUUUUGCAGGUGGUCCUCUUGAUAUGUACCUUUUGACCCAUUUCCCGGUUACCAGUGUGAAGAGACUGAUGAGGUUCGCCGUGGAAAUCGCUCAAGGCCUGGAGUACCUACAUUGCAAUCGCGUCAUCCACCGAGACAUUGCGGCCAGAAACAUACUUCUGUCGUCCGACGGAACGGUCAGACAUUGAACUUCGAAAUUUCAGGAGCUGUUUUCAAAACUUUUUUGAUAGGACUGUUUCUAACAGGAAGGAGUUUUUUUUUUGAUAUUUGCAAGCUCAAGAGCUUUGAGAACCUUCUAUAGUCAAUGUUUCCCGAAGGCGAGGGAGGCGGGGCAGGGGGCGGGACGCGUAGCGUGUGCGUACGCGGUUCUUGGCGCCAGUUCAAUUCAAUCGCCAGCGACUCUUUGGAGAGAUCAUUUAUCGCUCUUUGCACUACUUUUUCAAUUUUUUAUUGAUUAGGUUAGUUUAUGCAUCAAAAAUUAGUGGAAAAUACAGAGAAGAGCGGUUGUCGAGCUUUUUAAAAAGUCGGCGGCGAUUGAAUCAAACUUGUGCCAAGAGCCGCCUACGCACACGCUACGCGUCUCGCCUCCCUUGCCUUUCAAGUCGAGAAACAUUGAUUAUAACAAGAAAGAGUUUUUUUUUUUUGAUUUUUGCAAGCUCAAAAGCUCUGAAACCUUAUAAGCCUCACUUGAACCGUAAAUGUCUUUUUCAGCCAAAAAUCUCGAAUUUCCAUCUCAGUCUAAAAUCACGUUUCUGGCGGAUGAAGGUAGCGGAGAAGAUUCCUCUUCGUUAUGUGCCUCCCGAAGUCUUCGCCCUUAAUAUAUUUUCACAAAAAUCUGAUGUAUAUGCCUUCGGGGUGAGCUUUUUCUCCGAUCAGUCCUGUAAACAAAAACCAUUUUCAGGUUCUCCUCUUUGAGAUAUUCACUGGGGGGAGCCCACCUUACGAAGGUCUACUAUCUGAUGAUGUGAAAGCUUGUGUAUGUUUGAUUUGUUUUUCUUCGCAUGACAGAAAUAAAGUAAAAGUUUCAGAAAAUGAAAUUAAAAAAGUCUCAGAGACAUAAAACGACAUAAAAUUUCACCAAACGACAUUCCGCUGUUCCGCCGCGCGCCUUUGCGAACCUUGGUCGCACUUUAUUUAUUUUUUUUAAGGUGCUCUACUUUCAUGUGCUCCCACAGCAAUAACAAUCAAUUGACCUUGAUUCGAAAGGCGCUUCGCGAACGCACGCAGCGCAACAGCGGAAUGUCGUUCCGUGAAAUUCCAAUUCGUGGCACACAGACUAUAUAAAGUGGAAAAAUUUUAAAUUUCUCUAUUUUUUUUCCAUUUGACAUCUGACUCGCCAAAUGUCUUCAAACUUCAAACUUUACAUUUCCAUUUUCAGAUUAUGUCUAACACUUUGAACCAAUUCCCGGAAGGAACGCCGCCAAAGUUGGCAAAAAUACGUCGAGGAGAACAUUUGGGCAUUUUUAUUUUUGAUGAAAGGCCAAUGAUGGACGAAGUUUUUUUCGAGUUUUUUUCCCGAAUAAUUGAUAUUUGGAAACUUUCAGAUUAUCGAUUAUCUCGAAAAAUUUGAUGGCGGAAAUGGAGAAGGUCAGUUUUUCUUUUCUUCUUUUUUUAUAUAGAAAUUUUUUUCAGAAUGGCGAGUAUGGCCCAGUGACAGACGCAGAAACGGACAAAGUGUUGGUGAGUUUUGAAAUGGUCGCACGUGGAAUGGCUCGAGACGCGUCCGACUUUUAGCGACUUGCGCUAAUGGAUGAAAACUAGCUUUUUAGUUUCUUUCGAAUCAUUUCACGCUUGAUCCAAAACAAUGCGCGCGGACGGGAAUUGAGAAAAACAAAUUUGAGACAAGUUCACAUUGAUCAUAGGCAAAGUCGGAAGGACCCUCCGAGGGUCAUAAAGACUCCAUGGAAGUGUUCCUUUUAGGGUGAUGAAGGCUCCCCUUUUGCUGCCUUUUUGCUUCAUUUUCUCAGCCCUUAUGCACCAUUUUUGUUGCCUCUCCUUAUUUCCACCAUAUCUCGAGUCUUUAAAAUCCCAGAAAUAUGGAAGGCUCGAAAAGGGGGCUCUCUUUGCUGCCUUUUUGCGACCUUUUUUGAGCCUCUUCCUAAAAGCUGUCAUUAUCCACCUGCCCGACUUUGCCCGAGAUUAUUGAGCGAAUUCCGUUGAACGGAUUCUGUUUGAUAAUUGAUUAAUAUGAUAGGCGUGUCCAACUCCAAACAGUUUUGCGAACAAGACUUCAACUUUUGCAGAAAAAUUAUCAGCCGGAUCUCGAAAAAGCGUCUCAGCAGCGCAGCCUUCUCGAGCUUGACAAGGUCAGUAUUUUUUUUGAUAUUUAAACCAAAAACAUUUGCAGGACGUUCUGGAAGAGCUUUGCCCGACUCAGGAUGAAACGAUCUCUAAAGCGACACAGGAAAACGAUUGA